CCGCCAGGUCUUUGCACUGGAGUAACCCCGGCGGGAGAGACCUUUACUCUCCUUCCAAAGGGGAAGACGACGACACCGCCUCCCCUUCCUCCUCACUCCUCCUUCUCCUCCACCACCACCAGGGCAACAUGGCGGCGCACAGCAAGUCCAUUCCUCACAGCUGCUAUGAGAUCGGGCACACAUGGAGCCCGUCGUGCUUCACGUCCUACCUGCAGAUCACGCAGGGCGCCAUGGAGGAAUCCUUCAAGAUCUACGCGCCCCUCUAUCUGGUAGCUGCAAUCCUCCGAAGGAGAAAAUUAGAUUAUUACCUGCACAGACUACUGCCCGAACUCCUGAGGUCGACUUCCUUCUUAACUGCAAACGGAAGCCUGUAUAUUGCCUUUUUCUGUAUAAUAAGGAAGAUUCUGGGGAAAUUUUACUUCUGGACGCCGGGUUUUGGUGCCGCUUUGCCUGCUUCGUACGUUGCUAUACUGAUUGAAAGGAAGAGCAGGAGAGGAUUGCUGACAAUUUACAUGGCUAACCAGGCCUCCGAAACAUUGUUCCGCAUGGGCGUGACCAGAGGUUAUUUGAAACCUAUUAGACAUGGAGAGGUCCUUUUGUUUUGCAUCACAGCUGCUCUCUACAUGUUCUUUUUCAGGUGCAAAGAUGGACUCCAAGGGUUUGCCUUUUCAGCACUGAAAUUCAUUGUGGGAAAGGAAGAAAUUCCAGCUCAUACACUGUUGCCUGAGACCUUGUAUGCCAAAUCCGGGAAGAAGACCAAGGAACGGACGGAAACAUCUCGGCGGAUUAAUAUAUUUUCUCUAACAAAGAACCUUAUGGACUCAAUAUGCAAACAUGGGCCAAGGCACAGAUGUUGCAAGCACUACGAAGACAACUGUAUCUCUUACUGCAUUAAGGGAUUUAUACGAAUGUUCAGCGUGGGGUACUUGAUCCAGUGCUGCCUCCGCAUCCCGUCCACAUUCAGUCAAGUGUUUACAAAACCCUCCCGCUUGAUCUCUCUGUUUUACAACAAAGAAAACUUCCAACUAGGGGCUUUUCUGGGGUCUUUCGUCAGUAUUUAUAAGGGUACGAGCUGUUUUUUGCGAUGGGUGCGUAACCUGGAUGACGAGCUUCACGCGCUUAUAGCUGGUUUUCUGGCUGGAAUCUCCAUGAUGUUUUACAAAAGCACCACAAUUUCCAUGUAUCUGGCAUCGAAAUUGGUGGAGACAAUGUAUUUCAAGGGGAUUGAAGCCGGGCGGUUUCCCUAUUUCCCUCAUGCGGACAGUGUGAUCUAUGCAGUGUCCACAGCAAUCUGUUUCCAUGCAGCUGUUUUGGAAGUUCAGAAUUUAAGACCGUCAUACUGGAAAUUUCUUCAGCGACUUACAAAGGGCAGGUUUGCUUUAAUGAACAGGAAAGCCUUGGAUGUCUUUGGUUCUGAAGCCUCUAAGAAGUUCAACAACUUUGUACCUAAAUUGGACCCAAGAUUCACCAUCGUAAAACCAGAGUUACCGAUACAGUUCUCCUGAACUCUCGCUUUCUUCUCCCAUGACAAAAUGUGAAAAUCAAGAGUCUCAAAUUCAGAACAAAUUUCUGAGAAUAGACAUGGGAACUUGCUUCAGCUCAGUAUUAACUAAUUCUAGUUGACCAAUAUGAAGAUGAGUUAAUUCUUUUUGAACUCUUUGGUAGAUUUUCAGAUGAUCCUGGUAGAGAUUCAAACAAGACACCAAGGUGUCUCCAUUAUAUUGAAAAAAUGAUUUAAAUUUUUUUUUAUUUGUAAUGGGAUGAAAUUAUUAUAGCUUAUCAUUGAUUGUAUCUAACACCGAUUAAACGUCUCCUCGGCAUAAGAUAUUUAGCAGGCUUCUCGAUGAGGUAACCAGAGCCUAUAUGGUCACUUAACAAGUGAUGUGGACCAAUAUGGACAUUUAAUACUGAGGAUGUAGUACUUUGUGUUCGUAUACUUUGUUUUACUAGGAGUCCAUGUUUUGGAGAGCGGUGGGUGCCUUCUGUAACAUUUAGUACAAAAUGUUGAAAUUCUCCUCAAAAAGUUUGAUUAAGAAUGUUUGUUUUGUUUUUUUCCGCAACAAAUUGGAAAAGUCCUACUUUCCAUUGUUUCUCAAAAACUGGAGCAGAUGUCAUGACCUCUCUCCAUAAUAAUGAUGGUGGACCAGAAAGGCAAUCAAAAAUGUAAGAUUAUAUUACUGGUAACAUUUAGACUUCAUUUAGAUUAAUAUUGUCCAGGAGGUGCUUGAGUCGUCAACAUCGUUGUUGUUUUUUUUUAAAGGAAUGAAAUGCUUCUGUUUUAUUUGUCGAGAAUUUCCAGUGAAAUCCAUAGAUACUUUUUGCCUCCAGUGUGGUCUGCUGCUUCAGGUUAGCCUUCUAAAGAAGAAGCAAUACGAUCUGCUAGUAUGGUCCUCCUUGACCAGAUGUUGGUGAGGAUGGACAGUGACAGCAGACAAACUUUAGGAAUUUUCCAAUAUUUUUUUUCCUGGAGUUGGUAGACAUAUCCUUCAAGGGACUGAUGUUCUUACACUUCUGUUUUUGACCUUAAAUCUGUUAUGGCACCUACCAACCCAGAAUAUAUUCCAUUCUGUUCUCUGUGAGGGAUAACGAUUCUCUCAUAUAUAAUAAGAUGAUUGUUGAAUUAUUAUUUUGCAUCUAGUUUUAAGAACAAUGUGUUUCCCAUUUUAUUUUCAUGGCAAUCAUGGUAGUAAAUCCAUCAUCACUUUGAAUACUUGGAACUUCUUGCUUUAAUAUACUCAUAUUUAUUCCUGAGAGCUGUGGACACUGCCAUAGCUACCUCAGGUCUGGGAACCCUGUCUGUCUGUCUUGCUCUCUCGAGAUGUGGGAACUGUGGGUCACAUCGAUGACACUGUUGAAGGAACAUGUCCAGGUGCUACUGUAUGUAAAAACGGUCACUAAUUUGACCAUAGAUGUUUGACAUAUAUUAUUAAAAUCCAGCAUGGCUCACGACGAGAGUCUUGAAGACAAAUGUGACCUCUGCACCAGCGCCUCUAUUAAAGAGGGUCACCAUUAGAUACUUAUAGUUAGAGGGGUCAUCCCAUUAUUAAAAUAAAAAAUGAAAAUCAUACAUAAUCUUGUAAAUUACAACCUCUUUCUAACAAAGCUAGAACCCUGUACCUCACAUGGAUCCAGAGAUCUCCUCAUUCAUUGCUCCAGUUGUUCUGCUAGACGCAUGUCAAGCUGUCAGUUUAGGGGCUGUGUCCUUCCUCAGGACUGUGUCAUUUCUGCUGCAGCUGGUGGCUGUUGAAGGAAAGAA